UUUCCAGAAGUGGAGUGGAUGGAGUGACCCAUAGUGGAAUCACACAUGAGCGUCUAUAAAUAGGAAGCAGAAAUCACCCCACAACAGCAGCAUCCAAGAACCCACCCAUGGCUUCAAUCAACACAGUCCUCGGUGCAAUCUUCGUUGCUUCCUUCUACUUCUGUGGCUCCCUUGCCUUCUUCCCUCCUGGUCCUGGUCACCACCACGAGGGAGCCCACCACCCUCCAAUCGGAAGUGCUCCAAUCCCAGGUCUUUCUACAGACUACUACAGGUUGACAUGCCCGCAAGCUGACGAGACUGUGGCGCCCAUACUGAAGAAGGCUAUCGCAAAGGAACCACGGGUAGCUGCCUCCCUUCUCAGGCUCCUCUUCCAUGACUGCUUUGUCCAGGGCUGCGAUGCGUCGGUUCUUUUGGAUGACGCUGAGGAAGUCGUGAGCGAGAAAAACGCUAUCCCCAACAAGGAUUCCAUUAGGGGGUUUGAGGUCAUAGACGAGAUCAAAGCUGCACUCGAGGAAGCAUGUCCGCAGACAGUGUCCUGUGCUGACACUGUCGCCCUGGCAGCCAGAGGUUCGACAGUGCUGAGUGGUGGACCGUACUGGGAGCUUCCAUUAGGAAGGAGGGACUCAAGGACAGCAAACAUGAAGCUAGCAAACAAGAACCUUCCUCCACCAAACGCAACACUGCACCGUCUCAUCAAGUUCUUCCGAAGGCAAGGGCUGGACAAGGUGGACCUUGUGGCACUAUCAGGAAGCCACACCAUUGGAAGUGCCAGAUGCGUGAGUUUCAAGCAACGGCUCUACAACCAGCACAGAGAUAACAGACCGGACAGCACGCUAGAGACGAGUUUCUACCACACGUUGGCGUCGGCGUGCCCACGCGCCGGUGGCGACGGCGAGAUACGGCCACUGGAUCUCGUCAGCCCUUCGCGAUUUGACAACAGCUAUUAUAAGCUGGUACUGGAGGGGAAAGGGCUUCUCAAUUCGGACGAGGUUCUGUGGACAGGAAGAGACCCCGAAAUUGCAGGCCUAGUCAAGAGUUAUGCCGAAGACGAGGCGCUGUUCUUUGAGCACUACGUGAGUUCAGUAACCAAAAUGGGGAACAUAAAUCCCCUCACGGGUCACGAUGGAGAAAUCCGCAAGAACUGCCGUAGGGUCAAUCAGGAGAUCUAGUCGUUGAAAGGCUUCAGUUUCAGUCAGGUUCCUUUGCUUAUGACGGGAAAUUUCAUUCACAUGAUGUCAACUGUAAGGCCACUAUUUUCAAUGAAAUGUAUCUCAUCAUCUUCUUUUGCUCUAAAAUAGUGCGUUUAUUAAGACAACGUUUGGUUCCAGAGUAACGUGGGACGGAGUCACUCUGCUUCUAA